UUCAGGAUAAAGAUAUACGUUUGACAAUGGAUCCAAGUUACAGUGGCCAGGAUGUGUUACGGUGUCAUAUUUGUGAGACGCCAAUGCCUUCUUUGUACUGUGACAUUUGUCACAUACAUCUAUGUAAAGCAUGUGUUGGGGAACAUAUCUUAGACGAAUCCAAAGAACACAAAGUGGUGCCAUUCAAAAACCGUGGAUCUACUUAUAAAUGUCCAAAACAUUGCUCAAAACAAUGUCUUCUUUAUUGUGAACAAUGCGAUAUUUCAAUUUGUUUACUGUGUAUUUCCUGUGGUGAACACGAAAAUCACAAAAAGGUGGGUAUUUUAGAGAGUUUAAAGAAAAAGAAAACAUUCUUACGGGAAGAUUUACAAGAGUUAGAGAAAACAAUCUAUCCUGAGUAUCAAGAAAUUGCAUCCUAUAUCUUAAUUCAAAAAUCAGCUGUUGAGGAAAACUCUCAGAAAUUAAAAAAAGCUAUCGACAAACAGGGAGACGAGAGACACAAGGAAAUAGACACUAUAAUCAAAACAUUGAAAUCUGAUGUUGAUAUGAUGAACUCUGAUCAUCUAGGUGUCUUAAAUGAUAAGGAAACGGAAAUCACUAUCACCAUAUCUGAAAUCACAAAGGGCAUAGAGGAUUUGAAGUUAUUCUUAGAGUCCAAUGACCUCAGUCUACUUUCUGCAUACAAAUCUAUCAAUGAUGAAUUCAGAAGAUUGCCCCAAAAGCACCUAUUGUCAUUGCCAAGUUUUACCCCUAAAACGAUUAGUAGCGAGCAGAUUUAUCAACAAUUUGGUUCUUUGUCCAAGUUGUCCAUCAGUACAAACGAAUACGCCUCAAUUGCCGAACCAUCUACCCCUGAAAAAUUGCUCAUUGAAGUACCACAUUUAAUUUCAAAUAUAGACUUAAAGUCUGGAGUCGAUCAAAAGUUUCUUGUUAUGUCCUGUCGAAGUACUGAAGAAAUCUGGACGCGGGACCAGGAGAACACGAUGAGACUCUACGACUUCUAAGGACGACUUGUGAAGUCAAUCCGAACUAAAUCGGGUAAUUCACCACAGGAAAUAGCAAUGUCAAGGAGCGGAGACCUGCUUUACACUGAUUACGAAGAUAAAGCUCUCAACAUUUUGAAGGAUACACAGAUAGAAGAGGUUAUUAGAUUAGAGCUAUGGAUACCUCGCAACGUAUGUAGUACUUCCUGUGAUGACAUUUUGGUUAUUAUGGUCAGCUAUGAUUAUAAGCAAUCAAAAAUUGUGCGUUACUCUGGAAAAAUGGAUAAACAAACUAUUCAAUUUGAUGACAAAGGUCAACCUCUUUAUUCGUUUUUUCACUCUAAAUACAUCUGUGAAAACCAUAAUCUAGAUAUAUGUGUAUCUGAUAGCGAUGCUCAUGCAGUAGUGGUUGUCAAUCAAAUCGGGAAACAUCGGUUUACAUACAA